UUGAAAAGUGAACAGAAGAACUUCGUUCGUCAAUGGUUCAGGAAAUUUCGCAAGGUGGAUGAGCACCCACAUAUCGCCAGUGAAGAGAUACAUGCUUUUGCUACGCUAUUGAAGGCUCCACCGCAAGCUAUAGCGGGAUAUAUCAGGGAUAGGGUCCUGAUCGCUCGGGAAGAACCAACGUCCGAAACUCCCUUAUCUCCCACUUCACCUCGGCCAACUGGAGGAAUAGAUGCUCAGAGGACAUCGUCUGAAUACAACCUGAGAGCGGCCAAUACACACCUCGAACCCGAUACUCUGGACUUGGUAGAGAAGUACGUCGUUGGGUCUCAGCGUCGCCGCACCCAGGGAGAUGGACGCCGUAGCGUGAACGAGGGGCAUUUUAAAUGUACUUUCGGCUGUGGAUACCGAACUAGGCGUACAUUUGAUUGGCGAAGACAUGAGGAGACUCAUGAGCCCCAAGAACUCUGGCUUUGUCAUCUCUGCCGGCAACAACAUGAUAAUGGCAACCCCUUUCUUGUGAACAGGAAGGACAAGUUUCUGAAGCACGCACGAGAUUCGCACAAGGACUUCGAUGAAGAGGCGGUGCUCGACAUGUCCAGAGUCAAUUUCAGAUCCAACUUUGAUCCGAUAUGUCCAAUCUGUGGGGAAUUCUCGAACACAUGGGACGACAGAUGUAAACACAUCACUACCCACUAUGAAGACGAAGAGUUCCAAGCCAAGCAACGA